UUAGUUAGUAGCGAGAUUUGAGCGGGCAACGUUGACGUCGCGGGCUGAACCAGCAACUAAAACGGCGACUGAAGAAGCGCUCAGAUACAGUGCGUACUCCCUAUGCUGAACGGCUCCAGAGUGCAAGUGGUGGUGUGCUGUGUGUGUGCGUGUGUGUGUGACGGCGACGGUGCGCGAGGCGCAGACAUGAAGUGAAUAAGAAAUUGAAAAGCACUAAAAGACAUCGCAGAAGCGCGAAUAAAACGCAAGAAACGUGGGCAAAGGCAAAGCCAAAGCCAAAAUCGAAGCAAAAAACCCGACAAAUCCACAACAACGGGGGCCCAACAGCGGCCACUGCCGCGGUUCCAGCGAUAAUCACAAAAUAUUUCUCUGGGGCCUCUCAAAGCCAAAAAGCGCGAACAAUUUUGUCGGCUCCAAAACCGAACAUAAAUGCACACAACAAUGGCACAUUCGUCCCUCUGCAGGGACUCGCAUCAAAAGGAUUUUGGAGCAGAUCUGCAGAUGUCGAGGAAAAAAUGCAAUAUCAACCAGCAGCGAAGGGGACGACGACGAGCCUGGAGGGGGCCAGAUGGAAUUUACGAAUCCUUCAGCCUGGCCAUUUUCGUGUUGACCAUUUGCAUGGCACACACGUCGUCUACCGUGGCUGCCAUUGAGAGCAGCAGCAGCGGCAGCGGCAGCACAUCCCCCACAAUCGUCAUGGUGGCGGUCACGCCGAGCAUCGGAGCUGCCACCGGAUCGAGCGGCAACAUUACCACCGAAGCUCCUCCAGAACAGCAGCAGCCACAGGGCCAAUGCCUCCUGGACGGGCAGUGGGUGCCAGAGACGACGGUGCACUGUGAGAAGCACACAAGCUGCCGCGCCAUCCAGCGCACUGGCCACUGUUGUCCCGAUUAUAAAUGCGAUUGCGAAAAGGAUGGUAACACUUAUGCCAAUGGUUAUAAAUUGGUCGAUCCGGAUACUCCUUGCACUGUCUGCUACUGCAAAGGCGGCGAAGUUGUUUGCAGCUCAGUGACCUGUUUCCGGCGGGACGACUGCAUGCCCAAAUACGUGCCCGGCCGCUGCUGCCCCGAGUACGACAAUUGUCCGAUUUUGGACAACAAUCCGCCGCUGUCCAGCGAGACGAGCAGCACGAGCACCACGACAAGCACCCAGAAGCCGGCUGGCGUCGCUCAGUCCGCUGGCUUCAACUGGAACAUAACCAUUAAGGAGAUCACCAAGCCAUCUGAGAUUCGGAUUACCGAUGAUAACAAAUCUAAGUCGGCGAUUCCCACCAGAAAGUCGGGUGUUACCACCGAGGGAGCACCGGCAUCAUCGGCAGCAACAACAACUUCGAGCAACUCCGUGGCGAGUACAACGGAUACAACAACAGCAGCAACAGCAACAAAAGCAACAACAGCAGCAGUAGUUUCAACAACAGAAGCAACAACAACAACUGUCGUGAUAUCAACUGAAGCAGCGACAACAGCGACAACGUUGGGACAGCAGCUUAGCCAAGACACAAACCAGAAAGUACUUCCAGCCACUUCCAGCAGCGAGAGCUUAAAGCUUAUUGCCGCCGCCUCGGUGGGUUUCAUAGGGCGGCCACAGAGCGGCAACGAAGUGGAACAGAAUACAAAGCUGCCAGCCGAUGGUCCGCUGCCCUUCGCCGAAAAUGAUCCCAGCAAGGUCAGCUUUAAGCGGGAAUUCACCACAGAGAGGCCGAGCAGCCAAGGAUACGAGGAAUCUGGAGCGGAGGCUGCUGUGUUCAUUGAGGAUGCCUCUGCUGAGCUACCCGACGGAGCCGAACAGGAGCCGGACACAGCGGGUAGUGACAACAUCUACCACAUAAUCUCCACGACUGAAGGUCCCAGCUCGAGCUCCCCAUUGCCAGGAAGCAGCACCCCUAAAGGGAAGAACAGCACUGAGGCAGAAAUAAGUACGGAGGGACCCGGCAGUAGCACUGAGAUGCCGCCCAUGAGCUCCACCCAACACAUGGAUGCGGAUGAGGAUGUGCCACAAGUAGAGUCCAAUCCGGCGUAUCCCUCCCUGCCCGAAGAUGAUUUCAGCUUGCGUGACGUCAACUUUCCCUUGGUGGACCUGGAGGAUGUUGCUGAUUCUUAUGCCAAGGAUGAGCCGAGGAGCAUUCUGCGGAGUCCCUUCGAGGUGGACAACAAGCGUACCAAGGUGUUGCAUGAAUCAACUGUGGAUGGCAGUGGCAGCGGAAGUGGCAGUGGGGACAUGGAGCCCUAUCUGGAGGAAUCCUCGACAGUCGGUCACAGCAAGGAGCACAGCUCGAUGGUACCCCUCCUCAUGUACAGUGCCGAGGAUAAUUCCGGGGAAACGCGCUUUCAGAACGCGAGUGAUCUGCAACUGGAGAUUAUUGGCCGCAGGCAGAAGGAGAGUGAGACAAGCGAAGAGCUGAUGGGGGGUAGUGGGGAAAUCAAAGAACCCACCACACCGCGAUCCAACCCAAGCACUGCCUUGGACAUCGAUGAGCUGGGCUCCGGUGCGGGUCAACUACAGGCUUCGAGCGCUGUGGAUCCCAAGGCCGAUGCCGAGAGCCUCAAGCUCGACGAGAGCCAAGAGACUAUAGCCAAGAUGACCUCAGCAGAUGACAAAUCCUCGGUGCGUGCCGAAAAGAGUUUAGUGGAGCUGGCAAUGCCCCUGGGACGGCUCUACCUGCAGCGGAUCUAUUAAUCAGAGGCCUAGAUCUGAAAAACCAAUCCCUAAUUGUAUAUAAAUAUAUUAUAUACACUCUAAAGCCUAGUAUCUUGGAAACACACAAUGAAAAUCCAACCAUCGAAAGGAUCGAGUGUUAGGUGUAAGUAGUCAGAAAGUGAGUAGGGAGAGAGUUCUCCUGGGAGCUAUAAUUUCCAUAGACUGCAUCGGAAUUUAUCAACCAUAAAACAUAUAAAAAUUAUCCUACGAUUAGCAAUGCUGGGCUCUCCAAAUGCAAUAACUAAAUGUCUCUCGAUGCGCAUAAGCAAGCAACACGAACAGGCACCGCACAAGAUAUAUUCAUGAAUAUCUUUUAUUUUUACGUAAAACCCAUAUCUAGUAAGUGCACCAUGAGCAUUCUAUCAUUACCAUACACACACCCCACUAUCGAAAUUCAUCGCCAUUUGUUUAACUUGUUUUAUCUCAUCCUGAAUUUAUUUAAUUUGUAACUUAUUAUGGAAAUGAUUUAUAAACGGAAAGCCGAUUGAUGUGAUUUAUUUGCUCUAAAGGUGAUUUAUUUAGUCCUCUUCGAUUUGAAAAGCUUUUAAGUGUAGACUGAAUAUGAAAAGGUUUUUAAUUUAAAGCAACUUACACGUACACCUACUUUAACAAUUAAUUUAUACACCGAAUUUAAUUAAUUUAAACUUGGCAUGAAAUAAACAUAUUCAUCGACAUUAAGUACUGAAUAUUUAGUAUUCGUUUCCAACUCUCGCCUGAAUUUUAAAACUAUAAUAAUAAUACAUAAAAACUAAGGAGAAAGCAAAGUGUCAAAAUGAUAACUUAAUCAUUUUUUAUAUUUAAGUAAUAACUUAUUUAAGCGAUUAUCCCACUCUCACACACACACACACACACACACACACACACACAACCACACAAAGUUUUUUGAGAUACGAUAAACCAUAAUCUAGAAAUACUUUAACUAGUGUAAAUUUAGUAUCAAGUCAAUUUUCAAAUGUAUGAAUUAUA